AUUUCGAAUUUUAUCCAAAAUUUUUUCGAAUCCUCGAAAAAGCAGUAUGAACGCGAUAUGGGAUUUUUCAGAUCUUUUCCUCAAAAUUUCAAGGUUUUCAGAUAAUUUGCUUCAUGAUUCUUCUCAUCAAGCUCGCCACCGCUGACACGGGAGCCGCCCACGUUCGUGGACAACUUUUGUGCCAUGGAAAACCAUAUGCAGGCCAGAAAGUGCAACUUUGGGAAAAAAUUAUGCGUUGCCGGAUACCUUGGUUGCUUAUGGAGAGACUGAUAAAAACGGAUACUUUUCCUUGGAAGGAUCAAUCUCUGAAACGAUUGUGUCACCAAUUCUGUACGCGUACUUUGUCAACUAUUGUGAGCCAUCGUUCAGUAUUUUUGGAGUAGUUUGUGGUAACUCCGUCAAAGUUUUUCUUCCCAACCAGUUUAUCACUGAGGGACAUCUUCCUCAACACGUGUUCAACCUUCACGAAACGGAAGUUUCCACGGCUACAACAGAUAAACUUGGCCUCGAGCAAGUCUUCUACUCAUUUAUCAAUCAUAAAGAAUGCCGCUAGGUUUCUGUAGAAGUAUAUGGAAUAAUAAAUCUUUCAUGUAAAGUUAUAAUUAAU